GUUAGUCGACCAGUUGAUUUGUCAUAUUCUGGGAAAACACAAUAUUUACAUAAAUCAAACUCCAACUAAUUUGCGAAAGUUUCGCUAAAUAAUUAAUGAAUAAACUAAGUUCUUGCCAGUGCAUAAGUGGAAAUUGCCAAACAUUGAUAACGUUGUCUUCCAAACGAACUAUUUUAUGUACAUUUUAAAUAUGCUAAAAAGCUAAAACCAGGAAGUGUUUUUUUCUCCACUGCUGGACCAAGAACUACAACUUGCAGAAGAAAAAAUGUCUUUGUCCAAGAAAGACCCAUCGCUACGGGUAGCUGCAAAUGACCCGCAUCUGGUGAGUUUGGGCGGUGGACGACUGAGUACUGCCGUCACUAUUCACAAUAUACCGGUGGGCGACACCACUAUCGGUUCGUCGAUAGACAGUAACAUAUCCUUGUCGGGAUCUGGUGUGAAGCCUUUGCAUUGCACCAUCUAUCGUAGUGAAGAGAAUCAAGUGACUCUAGUGCCGGAACGCGAAGCACGCAUUUUAAUCGAUGGUCAAUUGGUCAGACUGGAGGUGGACCUCAAGCAAGGCGCCAUGAUUACGUUGGGAGAUUCGUAUUAUUUGCGUUACAACAACCCCGCUGAAGCUCAAAGAAUGCGAACGGCUAUGGGCGACAGCUGGGAUGAGUUUGAGAACGACGAAGCCGCUAUUUUGGAACGUUUCUAUGAAAACAAUAUCAAUCCCAAUCUGAGGUCGCCUGAAGAAAGCAGAUGUAAUGAGAGGAAAGCACUCGAUUUAAAGCCAUUAGACAUCAAUGGCUGGCAAUGUCCAAAAGUGUUCGCCGCUGACCUGGUAACUGUAAAUAUGCCUGCCAAAGAUGUGUUGGGUCAAAAAUAUGCCAAUUUUGCCAAAAACCUAGCAGAGAAUCAUCGCAAGGACAAAAAUGUCAAUACUAAAAAUAAUGACGGUCUCUAUGUCAACAUUCCACAGUUAAAAUCACUGACGGAUAGCUGCGAACUUCUAUCCAAAGUGCAAAACACCUCCACGCCACAAAAAUCUAAAUCAGAGGUUCAUGCCUUCGAUAGCAAGGAUUAUCUGGAAGACAUGCUGAAAAUUUGUACAGAGUAUAGCGACCGACAAGAUCGUAGCGGUGGAAGCCUCAGUUCUUCACCAAUUGUUCAAAAUCGAAUUAAAACCAAUGGCUCUCUGCCAAGAGAGAAAAAAUCUCCUUUCUAUCAGGAAUUUAACACUAGUGGUGAAGGCAACAACAACCUGCAGGCCUCACCAAUUGGUAAAACCAAAUCUAGUGGUUAUGAAAACGUUCGCAUUGUGGGUCAAAAUCGCAUAGAAGUGGAAAGCACUUCAAAAUCAUGCAGCAGUGGUUACGAAAAUGUUAAAUUUGUACCUCAAAGUCCACGUACUAAAAUACGGACCAAUUGCUUGUCGCCGAAAAAAGAUGACAACUAUGAGGACCGUAUCAGAACAUUUGAAGAACAAUUUCAAAGGGAAAUUCAGGCAAUAGAAUAUAGUUCUCGAAAUGGGCCCAGAGUAACUGCUUUGUCUGCCAACAGCACGCCUGUUCCCAAAAGGACCAACAAAAAUAUCAACAACUUGACCAUAGACAUAAAGUCCUUGGUAUCGCCACAAAACUCCCCCAAGAUGAAUAAAAAGCCCGCACCAGCUCCUAGGAGUAUAAUUAAACCAGCCACCUCUCCUCCCAUUGUUGGAAGCUUGCCAAACCUAUAUAGAAAUUCAGAGAAACUGCACAUCGAAAGAGAAGAUUUGCUGCGUCGUUUGCGCAGCCUAAAAGAAGAAAUAUCCAUGCUGCAGCAACAGGACAAUGAGGCACUUAUUGAAAUGGACGUGGAAAAUGCUUUGGUUUUGGGGGAACUACAAUCCUUAAACGAAAGCAAAAACAAACUGGAACAAGAAUACAAAGUCCUACAACAACGCAUACAUCGACUGGAAGCUCAACGAAAUGCCACACGAGUAAUGGAAGAGAACCAACAAGCGAAACUGAAGCAGUCCAUUGAAAUGAAACAAGAUCAAGUACAGAAGUUAAAGGAUAUGCUCAAACAGAAACCCAACAAUAAAUGCCUAAAGGAAGAACUUGAUAAUCUUCGCGAAUCAUUGGACAAUGACAGAAAGGCCUUUGAGGACUUGGAAUUUCAAUAUCUAGAGGGAGAGUCGGAGUGGCAUGCCCAACGUGAUGAGCUGCAUACCGAGGAAAUCAAAUUAUUGAAGCUUAUUGAAGAAACUAAAUUAGGAAUUGUCAGUUUAGAGAAUCAGGAAAACAACUCUGCAUCCGAAAGCCAGAAGAAUCUGAGAAAGCGUCUGGUAUCUUUGCUCAACGAUUUACAAGACUGUGAAAAGAAAUUCCAAGAGCUAGAACAAAAAUUAGCUACAAAAAUUAACGUCAACAAAUCUGGGGACAGUACCUCGUCACUGUCAAUUAUGUCACAAUCCUUGUUUGGCUCAACCGAGAUACUUUGUCCCAAAGCCAACCACGAAGAUAUGAUGUCGAAAAGUUUCAACGAAAAUAUGAUUUACAAUAACAAAAUCGAAAUGCCUAAAAAUUCGCUUCAGAUUGUUGUUACUGCCAACAACAAUGGCCGUGUAGUCUCGCAAGAAUUCGUCGGAAGAGGUAGCUGUGUGUCUUCCAAGGAGGCAUCAGAUAAAAUAUUUGAUUCUAUUAGGGAAAUAGAACGUAAUCGCAAACUUCUUACCUCUAAGCAAGGUCAGAAGGCUUUGGAAGAAGAACGUCGCAAAAUUGAAGAAAUUCUUUCGAAACUUGGUUCGGGAACUCAAACUCGGCAACAACAUAUACAAUUUUUAAACACAGCUGACGAAGUUCAGACGACUUUCAGGGAAAACAAGGAAAAUCAAACACAUAAACAAAAUUCUAAGAUAGCCUACGAAAAGCAAACAUCUGAGCCCCCGUUUGCUGUGCAGCAAAUGUCACACCAACAUCUUUUUGAAAAGCAGAACUCUGCCCCAAGCCAUGCUCAAAGACCAUUGUCCGAAUCCAAUUCUGAAGCCGGUGAAGAUUUCAUGCUCUCCACCAAACGCAAAUCAAUUAAUGAACCUUCAACGCGCACGCAAAGUCCAGCAAGUCCUAGGAGCUUAAGCAUAGAAAAGCGUUGCAGCAGUGGACUUUCAAAUGAGACAUCUUCACGCGCCGACAGUUGUUUGUCUAGCGAAGGGCGAAAAAUGAUGGCCAAGCAUCAAAGGCCAUUGACACGCUAUCUUCCCAUUUUUGCUCAUGAUCUAGACCUGAGACGUCACAUUGAAUCGGCAGGUCAUCAAAUCAGCAUGUGUCCCCAUGUCUUCAUUGAUGCAUACACCUGUCGGGGAUACCUGCAUAAAUUGGGCUCAACAUUUCACACUUGGUCAAAGCGUUGGUUUGUUCUAGAUCGCCAACGCAAAGCGCUCAUAUAUUAUUCGGAUAAAUCCGAACGCAAGCCGCGUGGAGGCGCAUAUUUUUCCUCUAUCGACGAGGUCUAUAUGGAUCAUUUGAAUGCGUCCAAGAGCAGCCGACCCCAUUGUACAUUCAUUGUUAAGACCAAGAAACGCAAAUAUUAUUUACAAGCGGCAUCAGAUGCAGCUUCACGAAUUUGGAUAGAUGCCAUAAUAACUGGGGCUCAAGGCAACGUAGACUACUAAUCACCCUGGUAGCAGGGUCACAGUUUGUAUUAAACAAAAAUUCCAUUUAUGUAUUUUUUUUUUAAUAUUUUUACACAAACAAGUUAAACUUAUACCACUAUUUUUAUAUCUUUCCCAUAAUUUAGUUUAAAGGUAUAUUGUUUUCUAGUUUUAAGGUGUCAUUAUCAAAGUGAUUGGUAUUUUUACUUACUUCCUAUAACUAACAUACAACUAUUCCUGGAAUUAGCUCAAAAACAUGAUGAAAGAAUAACCAACAAAUUAUUCCUUUGCUAAAAUCAAAACUUAAGUACAUAGGUACAUAUGCAUACAAAUGUGUACCCCUAUGUAGUAUUAUAAAAUGUUUCUAUAUUCAUGUGCCUCUAUAAUCGUGUUCACUAUUAAUAUAGAACAACAAUAACUUUUACUAUAAUGAUAAUAUUCGAUAUAAGUAUGCUUAGAUAAGAAGCCGUCGGUAUAGGUAAGAGUACAUUUACAGAAUGUAUACACAACGUAUUGUUAUAAUUAAAAGCUUUUCUUUUCUUUUUUUUAAUAAAAUGAUAAUAAACCUAA